AUGUGCUACUUGGCAGCGCCAGUAAGCAACUCGCCAAAGAGAAGCCAAGCAACGAGGCUCCUCGGGAAACUCCAUGCCUUCGGGCUUCGCGGAGCGGCUGCCGUGCGUCAGGCCGCGGCGAAGCAGGGCUCUGGCAGCAACUGGGAGGACCAGUGGAUCAAGUGGAACUCUCUGAUGGAGGUGGGCCACGAUCUCUGGGCCAGUGCCUUCCACUUGAUGGAGUCGCUGCUGCAAGGUGUUCUCGUGCACCAAGGAGAUGUGAUUCAGGGUGCGGAGGUGCAGGAAGACAACCUUUGCUUCAAGGACUUUGUCGCCAAGCCGCUUGUCGUGGAGGUCUUCGGCCUUGACUUUCCUCCGCUGCCCGGUGCCGUUGAGCUACGGGAGGACAUCGUCAGCAAGCUUGGCGACAAGUUCGACAGAGCUGGUGCUUUCCAGUGCUGGGAAGAGCGCAAGGAGGAGUUUCCUCUGGAGUCUUCAAAGCUGCGCAGGGUGCAUGAGUCGUUGGCACAGUACUACCUGCCGCAGUUUGCCGCUGAGAAGGCCUUUUGGGGCUACCUCAACGCCCCGCCUGGGGGCUGCUGUCUGCUGGGCAGCCUUCAAUUCCAGGUCGAAGAAGAGGAAUCUCGGAGAAAUGGGCAGACGAUUUGUCAGGCGCAGCUAGCGAUCAUUGACGAGCUCUGCGUGGAGGUCCUUUUGCAGGAUCGUUUCCUGGGCGAGCGCUUCGCGCCCUCGUCGAUGAACUUUCUGGCCAUGACGCACGGCCAUGCAGCCGGACAGAAGGGAGCCGAUCCGAAGAAGAUCGCCAAGCUCCUGUCUGCUGCAGAGACCUGGGGUCCAGGCGACAGCGGCUGGACACAAUUCGACGAGACGUGGACGUGUACGGACGAGAAAGACUGGUGGGGCAGGACUAUCAGGGAGCAAGGACGGGCACGCGCCAAGCGCAUGGCGCGCAACGCAGAGGUCGUUUCUUUGCGACAGCAGAUGGACGAGCUCAAGAGGCAAGAGGCUGCACAGAAGCGGGUGGCUUUGGAGCAGGAGCAGCUUGAACGGGCUGCAGCGCUAGAGAAAGCUAUGGAGAAGCUGAAGGUGGAGGCGCCCAGGGACCCGGCGCGGCUGCACAAGGCCCCUGCGCGCCUCUCUGCCGAAGCUUAUCUCGACCCGAUGGUCUGCGUCACCCGAGGGCCGCAUGCGGGCUUCGAUGAGAGAUCCCUCAUGGCCGAUGCGAGAUACAAGCUCUCAGCCGCGUUACAGGCAGCAGGGCUCUACGGGACAAGGGCAGGCCACGAGGCGCUCGCCAGGGUCGCAGCCCCGAGGCCUGCACAGCCCCACAUCGUCUCCCAGGUGUUCAAUGGCGGGUACCCAACCGGCUGA